GCAGAGAUCGAACGGAAAAAGAACAAGCAAGCCGAGGAAGAUCGUAUCAAAUCAAGAAAGAGAAGGAGGACGAAGAGAGAAGAGCAAAGGAUAAGUUGGAGAGAGAAGAAUUGAACAAGUCAAUGAUGGACAACAUGAAAAAGAGAUUGGAUACCGUUUGCUUAGCACUAUUCGGCAAAAGGCUGGACGAGAUUGAGGUGUUGCACAAGUCGGAGGUGUCUCGUGUCACCGUACCGAUAGUGAAGGCUCAGACCGGUGACAAUGUGCUCGCCAAAGUAAUGGCGGAGCAGGAGAGGAUGAAGGUUCAGCUUGAGGAGGCUGCAACUGCUAAAAGACGCUUGGAGAAAAUCGAGAAGGAAAUGGAGAUCCUUCGGCAAGCUCGAGACGAGGCAAAAAUUGAAGCCGAGGCAUGGCGACAGGAAGCAAUUCGACCUGGUUCCAAGCGGGGUUGUGUGGCUUUGUCCACCCCCAGUGCCCAGGCAACGAUGCUGCCUCGGUUCACGCCCACCAAGACUCCGGCGGCACGAGUUGACUAUAAAGAACUUAAAGAGCUGCACCAGAUGGAGGUUGACAAACUCAAGGAGCUUCGAUUGUUGGAACUCAAUGGGAGGAGGGAGGCAGAGCAAGAACAAGAGUUUGCGAAGCAGAAGAUUGUUGAGAUGGAAGCUGGCAGAACGGGUCAUAUUCCGAGAUCUAAUCUCAGGGAACGAUUAGAUGAGGUCGUUGCAGGUUCGGGCAAAGGAAAGAAGAAGAGUGUUACACAGACUCCGAUUCGUUUUAAUGAUCGAGAAGCUUUUAUUAAGGAAACGCGAAAAUCAAUGUCGCAAACCAAUGACAAGUUGAUGGUAAUUUGUGUUGAAGAAGGUAUUAAACAUGUCACCAUAGGACAGAGCAUCGAUGAGAUUGUGGCUCAACGUGUUUUGCAGGUUCUUCCUCCUGCAACUAUAGAUUCAAUUGAGGUUUUCGAUGACUUGGCUGGAAAUGGUUCAUCUAAGGAGGCCGGGGGAGAUUCAACUGCUUUCUAGAAUCUCUCCCGGAUGCGGCUAUACUUUGGG